AGUUCUUUGAUUUAACCGCCUUCAGACAAAAGCCACUAUCAAUCUUGUUAUCCUUCUUCUCCAAGGUUCAUUCAAAAUGCAGUCAGCAAUCAUCUGGCCUAAGAAGUUCCUGCCCGGAACAACCGACAACUAUGCCUCCAACGAAGUAAUCGUGCGCGAUAUCACUGCCACCCAAGUCUGGGCCAACCUCGCCGACAUCACUCAGUGGGAGUCAUACUACAGCAACUGCAGUCAUAUCACGCCUCCAGCCGGAGGCAACUUCCUCAAGAAGGGCGACAGCUUUAGCUUCUCGACUUUCGGGUUUGGUCCCUUUCCAGCAGAAGUCAUGGAGUCUGUGCCGCCGAGCGCGGGCUCACCGGGACGUUUGGCAUGGAGGGCAAGGGUAGAUGGGGAUGAGAGCUCUAAGCUAGAUGUUUAUCAUGCUUGGAUAGUGGAGGACUUGGAUUAUGGCGUGGUUAGAAUCUUGACGCAGGAGUCACAGAUUGGACAGCCUGGGGUUAAGCUUGCGGCUACGAAGCCGAAUCCUAUAUUGAAUGGUCAUCAAGAGUGGCUUGAUAGCUUGGUCAACUUUACCAAGCAGAAACAGAAUACCUCAAGCUGAUACAACAUGUGGCGGAGAGCGUACAACUACCACCUAGAGCUUGAUGCUAGGAUUCGCUGUUGAACUGUGUUUUCCCAAUA